UUUUUUUUUUUUCCUUUACAGUUUUCGGCUUUGUGAGAAACCUUAUCAUCAAACACAAUGGCCAGCAACGUUACCAACAAGACAGAUCCUCGCUCCAUGAACUCCCGUGUGUUCAUUGGGAAUCUAAACACACUCGUGGUCAAGAAAUCUGAUGUGGAGGCAAUCUUUUCGAAGUAUGGCAAAAUUGUGGGCUGCUCUGUUCAUAAGGGCUUUGCCUUCGUUCAAUAUGUUAAUGAGAGAAAUGCCCGGGCUGCUGUAGCAGGAGAGGAUGGCAGAAUGAUUGCUGGCCAGGUUUUAGAUAUUAACCUGGCUGCAGAGCCAAAAGUGAACCGAGGAAAAGCAGGUGUGAAACGAUCUGCAGCGGAGAUGUACGGGUCAGUAACAGAACACCCUUCUCCGUCCCCUCUACUCAGCUCCUCUUUUGACUUGGACUAUGACUUUCAACGGGAUUAUUAUGAUAGGUUCAAGCGAUUCUCCUGCCUCAGCCUCCCGAGUAGCUGGGAUUACAGGAUGUACAGUUAUCCAGCACGUGUACCUCCUCCUCCUCCUAUUGCGCGGGCUGUAGUGCCCUCGAAACGUCAGCGUGUAUCAGGAAACACCUCACGAAGGGGCAAAAGUGGCUUCAAUUCUAAGAGUGGACAGCGGGGAUCUUCCAAGUCUGGAAAGUUGAAAGGAGAUGACCUUCAGGCCAUUAAGAAGGAACUGACCCAGAUAAAACAAAAAGUGGAUUCUCUCCUGGAAAACCUGGAAAAAAUUGAAAAGGAACAGAGCAAACAAGCAGUAGAGAUGAAGAAUGAUAAGUCAGAAGAGGAGCAGAGCAGCAGCUCCGUGAAGAAAGAUGAGACUAAUGUGAAGAUGGAGUCUGAGGGGGGUGCAGAUGACUCUGCUGAGGAGGGGGACCUACUGGAUGAUGAUGAUAAUGAAGAUCGGGGGGAUGACCAGCUGGAGUUGAUCAAGGAUGAUGAAAAAGAGGCUGAGGAAGGAGAGGAUGACAGAGACAGCGCCAAUGGCGAGGAUGACUCUUAAGCACAUAGUGGGGUUUAGAAAUCUUAUCCCAUUAUUUCUUUACCUAGGCGCUUGUCUAAGAUCAAAUUUUUCACCAGAUCCUCUCCCCUAGUAUCUUCAGCACAUGCUCACUGUUCUCCCCAUCCUUGUCCUUCCCAUGUUCAUUAAUUCAUAUUUCCCUGCGCCUAGUCCCAUUUUCACUUCCUUUGACGCUCCUAGUAGUUUUUGUUAAGUCUUACCCUGUAAUUUUUGCUUUUAAUUUUGAUACCUCUUUAUGACUUAACAAUAAAAAGGAUGUAUGGUUUUUAUCAACUGUCUCCAAAAUAAUCUCUCGUUAUGAAGGGAGUACAGUUCUUUUCAUUCAUACAUAUGUUCAGUAGUUGCUUCCCUAACUGCAAAGGCAAUCUCAUUUAGUUGAGUAGCUUCUGAAAGCAGCUUUGAGUUAGAAGUAUGUGUGUUACACCCCAACAUUAGUGUGCUGUGUGGGGCAGUUCAACACAAAUGUGACGAUGUAUUUUUGUGAAUGAGAGUUGGCAUGUCAAAUGCAUCCUCUAGAAAAAUAGUGUUAUAGUCUUAAGAUUUGUUUUCGAAAGUUGAUACUGUGGGUUAUUUUUGUGAACAGCCUGAUGUUUGGGACCCUUUUUCUUCAAAAUAAACAAGUCCUUAUUAAACCAGGAAUUUGGAGAAAAAUCACCCUGGUUUUUAUUUUUGUAUU